AUGCACCCGGAUCUGUCGCCCCAUCUACAUACUGACGAGUGCAAUCAGCUUAUAACACUUCUCAAACAGUGCCACAAGGAGCAUAACGUCCUCAGGUUCUUUGGCACAUGUAAUGAUGUGGACCAUGCAAUGCGGGACUGUCUCAAGAAAGAGUACAAGGCAAAGAGGGAGCGCAGCAAGGCCCACGCAGAAGAAAUGAGACAGCGUUUAAAGGAACAACCAAAAGAGCAUAGUAUCAAACAUCACCCCCUUGGAGAACAAAACUUCUCCAGACACGAUCUAGCUUCUGGUGUUCUUAGGGUGCCUGGACACUUUAACCCCCGGUGUGUCAGGCCACUCCUGUCAGAUCGUCCAUCCAUUGAGUGA